AUGUGGCAGGCUCCUGCUGGGUAUAUAUUCAAUCCUGAAAACCUUCAGACUUACACUCCUUCUUAUGACGCGUACUCUGGGUUUUCUGAUGAGAAGAAGGAGCCUUCAAGGUCAGUGAAACCGUUCAUUCACAGUGUUAUCUCCUACGCAUCUCGUACCUCUCCACCUUCACACUCAGGGCAAGGACAAAGUGACGAGAUGGUAGCUGCAAUGAAGCGCAAUGAUACUUGGAUUGAGCGCAGGUCUGAAGGACGAUAUUAUUGGGUCCGGAAGAAGUCUGCUCGCAGUCAAUUGUCUCUGCGGCACCUGCUGUUUGAAGCCCUACGUCCGCGUGCUCGCUCAUUCUUUUCCAGGGAUUCACGUCAUAACCACCACAUUCGAUGUUCCAACCCCGGAGCACCUCUUCUCCUACCGCCACCCACUUCCUCUCCUCCAGAAGACUCACAGGAAUACACGCCUCCUCCUACUGAUCCUUCCUCAUAUCAGGCUCAACAGUUGCCACAACAAGUCAACAUGAAUUCUUUUCCCCCAUGCCAGGAUCCUCCCAAUAUUGAGCCAAAUGGCAUCUUCGCAAAACAUCAUGUCACGUCUCAUGGCCAACUUCCUCUCUACCCUCCUCCACCUCCGAUCAUGCCCGUGUCGAUCCCUUAUCCUGUGCCCGGCCAUGGACUACCAUUUAUUCUCCCACAACCGCCGGUGGUACACCAGGCACCAUGCUUUGCACCACCUCCUCCGCAACCAACACCAUUUGUUCUGCCACCUCCGUUGUCACAACUACACCAUCAGCCCCAGCCUCAGCCUCAGCCUCAGCAACUACCACUCCCAGGCUUGAGCAGCUUCUCUAGCCUGCGAUACAAGUGUGAUAACUGUGGGAGAUUCCGGUCUGCUCGGUUUCACAAGAGACACCCCAUACCACCCGGUGCCAUUCCCGCAAAGACAAUUUGCCAGAGAUGCAGAGAAGUGGCUACCGACACUGAGGAUGACAGCAGUUCAGACGGCUAUGCGCAACGUGUUCACAGACGCCAUAGCUUCGGAGCUCGAAGUCGGAAUGCCUCCAACAUUCGCAGUGCGAGAAACAGAAACAACCCAAGAGGUGCUCGUGGUCAGUCUUCUGCUGGAGAGUGGUUGAAUGAAAAUAACCAUGAUGGUUUUGCCGGGCCUCCCUACUCUCCACAGACAACUCCCAUUGAUUUGAGCAGAGGGCGAAGACACAACAGAAGAAGCUCUAGACACCAUCAUCACGAGUCCACCGAGAUGGAGUUGUCAGCAGGCUUCCGAAAUCUCAAGCUCGUGCCACAGGAGCAGAUGUUCUAUCUUGAGUCUGAGGACGAACAUCGCCCGAGUUCCAAGUACUACAAAGAUCGAAGUGAUCAUGACUCUUGUCACAAGUGA